UCACGCCAUCCCAUUUCUCACCGCCAUUGCAACUCUGCUUCAUCUCUCUACAUUUCUUCAUCUCUGCUUUUCAAAUCUCUUCAAAAGGAGUCAAGAUGCGUGAGAUAUUGCACAUUCAAGGUGGCCAGUGCGGAAACCAGAUUGGUGCUAAGUUUUGGGAAGUCGUUUGUGCCGAACAUGGAAUCGAUUCAACUGGAAGGUAUAGCGGUGAUUCAGAUCUACAGCUUGAGCGAGUAAAUGUCUACUAUAACGAAGCUAGCUGUGGACGUUUCGUUCCUCGAGCCGUGCUUAUGGACCUCGAGCCUGGAACUAUGGACAGUGUGCGAUCUGGUCCGUAUGGACAAAUCUUCCGUCCUGAUAACUUUGUAUUUGGACAGUCCGGUGCUGGAAAUAAUUGGGCGAAAGGUCACUACACUGAAGGCGCUGAGUUAAUUGAUUCUGUUCUUGAUGUUGUUCGGAAGGAAGCGGAAAACUGCGAUUGCCUCCAAGGUUUUCAAGUUUGUCAUUCGUUGGGAGGAGGAACUGGAUCAGGAAUGGGAACGCUGUUGAUAUCGAAGAUAAGGGAAGAGUAUCCGGAUAGGAUGAUGCUGACCUUUUCCGUUUUCCCUUCACCGAAGGUGUCUGAUACAGUGGUGGAGCCGUAUAACGCGACCUUGUCUGUUCAUCAGCUUGUCGAGAACGCUGACGAGUGUAUGGUUCUCGAUAACGAAGCUCUCUAUGAUAUUUGCUUCCGCACGCUCAAGCUCACUACUCCUAGCUUUGGAGAUUUGAACCACUUGAUCUCCGCUACAAUGAGCGGGGUCACAUGUUGCCUUAGAUUUCCCGGGCAGCUAAACUCGGAUCUACGCAAGUUAGCAGUUAAUCUCAUCCCAUUCCCAAGACUUCACUUCUUUAUGGUUGGCUUUGCGCCACUAACCUCACGUGGGUCCCAGCAAUAUCGGGCACUAACAGUCCCAGAACUGACCCAACAAAUGUGGGAUUCCAAGAACAUGAUGUGUGCAGCAGAUCCUCGCCAUGGCCGAUACCUAACCGCUUCAGCCAUGUUCAGAGGUAAAAUGAGCACGAAGGAGGUUGACGAACAGAUGAUGAAUGUGCAGAGCAAGAAUUCGUCGUACUUUGUUGAGUGGAUACCACACAAUGUGAAAUCUACUGUUUGCGAUAUACCACCAACUGGCUUGAAAAUGGCUUCGACCUUCAUUGGAAACUCGACGUCGAUUCAGGAAAUGUUUAGGAGGGUGAGCGAGCAGUUUACGGCUAUGUUUAGGAGGAAAGCUUUCUUGCAUUGGUACACGGGAGAAGGGAUGGACGAGAUGGAGUUUACAGAAGCUGAGAGUAAUAUGAAUGAUCUGGUUUCGGAGUAUCAGCAGUAUCAAGAUGCAACUGCUGAUGAGGAAGGGGAGUUUGAAGAAGAAGAGGCUUAUGAAGAAGAUUGAAGAGAAAAGAAAGUAAGUUUCAUUCUAGGGUUUGGUUUUUAAUUACUUUUGGGUAAUUUGUGGUGUUAUGUUUGGAAUAUACUAUUCCAUGGGGAUUGGAUUGGAUUUUGGUUUGCCUAACAAAAUAUGCAAUUUCUCUUCAUCAGAGAAACUGCAUUUUCUAUUACUACUAUAUUAUAUAUUAGUUGGUUGUUGUUUUUA